AUGGGCUGCGCCGCGAGUAAAGCGGACGAGCCCGCGAGGAAGGUCCGCGUCUUGGGGGUGAUACACGCGCGGUGCGACGCCAAGGAUUCCAAGGCGUUCCCUCACGGGAAGCCACUGGUGGACGUCGCGGGCGCGCCGCUGGUGUGGCGAACGUUUCUGAAGGUGCGCGGCGCGAAGUGCGUGUCUAGGUGCGUCGUCGCGACGGACGACGAUCGGAUCGCGCGCGUCGUCGCCGCGCUCGGCGGCGAGGUCGUGCGCGUGUCCGGGAAGUGGGGGUCGCACACCGCGGCCGCGGUGUGGGAGACGUGCGAGCGCCUUCGAUUUUGGUCCGACGGCGGCGGCGGCGGCGGCGGCGGCGGCGGCGCGAAGAAAAACCAAAAAAACUUAACGGCGACGGUCGACGGCGGCGGCGCGGAGUCUUCUCCUUCUUCGCCUUUCGACGUCGUCGUGUGCGUCGACGCGGACGAGGUCGGCAUCGACGCGCACCUCGUCGAGCGCCUCGCGGACGCCGUCGCCGGGUCUGACGCGGUCAUGGGCACGCUCGCGUGCGAUCGACCGGGCCCGCCGAGCGGCGGCGGCGGCGGCGGCGGCGGCGGCGGCGACGGCGACGAGCGACGUCGUCGCGGCGUCGGCGACCGCCGGAAAGUCGGCGCGAGGUCCUACCGCGUGUCGUUCCUCCCGAAACUCUCGCGCCGGUCGCUGUCGAACGACGAGGAUCGGAGCUCGCCGCGGGGCCACCUCGCGGAGGAGGCGUGGCCGUGCCGCGAGGAACGCGAGGCGGCGGCGUGCGGGCGGACGGUGAAGCGAGAGGUGGUCGCGGAGAGCGUCCCGAGGGUGGGGACGCGCGAGGAGCUGGCGAGGGAGACGGCGAGGGCUCGCGAACUCCCGACGCCGCCGAAGGUGAGGACCGCGGGCGUCAGCGCGCGGGGCGGCGCGAGCAGGAAGAACACGGUGUGACGCGACGUGUGUUUGUGGUCGGUUGUGGGUGGGGGAGGAGUGGGGAGGCCCGGUCUUCCACAGGCACAAAGAAAUGUUAAGAAUCAAUCUGCCCGCGCGCGCGCGAUCGCGCUCGUUUUU